UUUGUUUACCAAAAUCUUAACCAAAAUUUUUAAAUGUUUUAAUGUUACUUUACAAAAAUGAUAACCUUUUCUAUAAGUGAUAUCCCCGAGUUUUCUAAAAAAGAACGCAUUGUUAUAGUUGGCAUUAUUGGAAAGUCUACCUAUCGUUAUCCAAAUAAAGCUACACCUCUCCUGUCUUCCGUGGGAAAUAACAAAGAUGGGGUUGAAUGUUAUUGGGAUGAAAGAAAAAGCGUUUUGUACCUACACGCAAGUACUUACCUUGAUAGCACCAAUUUAACAAAACUGGCAGAAAAUCUUGAUGGAGACUCCAAAAGUACUGUCAAAGAGGCAGAUGCUGCCCAUUGGCUAGUCGCUUCUGGAGAGUUAGCAAUAGAGUCGUGUCGAGCAAUAGCAUUAAUUUUCCAGUUAGCUCAUAUUGUAAUCCUCUCCUCUCCUACACCGGUUUUUGACCUUGGCUAUCUUCAAUUGUUUAAAGCCAUUGAUGCAUAUAGAGCAGAACAAACUAGUCAGAAGACGGCAGCACUGACAGCUGUAGGUGUGGGUGGCAUUUGGGAGGCUCAUGGAAGAUUUUGUUGUCCUCGUCUUCUAUUUCACUUCCAUAGAGCACCUGUGCCACUGAGAAAAGCACCAGCUGCCUUGAAAAGGUUGGAGCACGCUAUUGAAGAUCAGAUAUAUUUUAUAUUGCGAAAGACAAGAAUCAUAACAAAUGUGUGUGCAAAAUCUCUCUUUGCGAUACCUAAAAAUGAAGAAUUUGUUUAUAUAAGUGCCGAUGAUGACAUAGGCAAUGCUCGUGAUGUGAGUUCUCUUAUACGAGGUUUGGUGCACUUGUGUACUGGGAUUGAACAUGAUCCAACUCCACAAAGAAAUAGUUUCGGGCAAUUUCUGCAGGGACAUAUUGACUUAGCUUUUGGAGAGGGCUUUGAUGAUAAUGUUGGAAAAUAUGCUAUGAACACAUCUUUCUUUGAACUGCCCAGUGCCAUUAGCUGGCGCGCGGUGGCGCGUGCGCUGGCGCCGGUGUACCUGUCGCCGGAGGAGGGGGACGUCGAGGGCGGGGCGUUGUUCGACGCGCUGGCCACGGACGUGCGGUUCUCGCAGGCGAGGUGCGCUAAGGUUCUUCCAAUAGCUCAAGCAUCGUACGCAGAAGGUUUACCUCCUCAUUACUCCAGACAACAUCAUCUUCAUAAGGUGCACGUAGCGAUGGGCGUAGUUGAGGCGAUGGCGCGCGGGCCGCUGGCGGCGGGCGCGCGCGUCCGUCUGCAGACGGCGUGCGACGCGGCCUGGCGUACACGCAGCCUGUGCGAGGCGCCCUCGCUUACUGGACACCCCUGUAUACACCCUAACCACGACUCAUCUAAGGAGCACUCGUCUGGCGUGCGAUAUACGAGCGCGUGCGCGUGCGGGCGCGUCCGCACGGGGCGCGACGACCCGUACUCGGUGCGGCGCGCCAACUGCGGCUUCUACACGCUCGCCGCCGCCGCCUGCUCCGCCUGCGACGCGCUGCCCGCCAUACACUUCCCCGUCUUCCAGCCCUCCACCACCACUUACAGGGCCGCAUCAGUGAAGGGAGACGACGAGGUUACACAGGGGCAGGACAGUAAGGAGGAGGAGCCCCCGACGCGCCCCUCCCCCCCGUCCAGCUCGUACACGCCCCCCGACGAGCUGUCCCCCGGCUCCGAGAGGGACGAAGAAGAGGAUGAACCCGCCUGCAGUGACACUGACAUUGACGUUGUCACUGUCAGGGAAGAUACUACUACAGAGAAGGUGAUAACCCGGCAGCCAUCGACGACCGAGUACCUCCCGGGGAUGUUACACACGGGGAGCCCGGUGGGGCUCCUGCCGGCCUACCCGAGCUGGUCGCUGGUCUGCCUGGGCCCCUCCUCCCUGUACUCCCACAGCCUGGGCCUGCCCGACCACCUGCAGCCUGGGUUCCUCCAGCACGCUAACUACCUCGUACCCUGGGACUGCAACGUCAGACUAGAACAGGCGAACGCGUGGCGGGCGGUGAGCAGUCGCGGGCGCGGCAAGGGCGCCGGCCCGCAUCAGCUCACAGUCAAGAUCUUCAUUGGCUUCGAAUUCGAGUGCCCUAAGGGACACAGGUUCAUGAUGACGUCACCGGAGGGUGGGACCAGCGGCGGCGGAGGGGCGUGGUCGCGCGAGGACGGCGCGCGGCUGGCGGUCGCGACGCUGCCGCUGCGUACGGCGUGCGCGUGCCGCAACCCGCAGCUCGCGCGACUCAUGCGGUUACACGUUGUUACGCCCAAAGCGCCAGUACACGUCACGUUGCAUCCAAAGGCACAGCCGGUUCCGGGCGGGCCGGUCUUCAUCCCGCAGCCGCUGAGUGAGCCGCCAAUCAAGCUAAGCGCAUCGGCGUACUGGGUGCUUCGCCUGCCGUACGUGUACGCCGACGAGCGCGGGCCGAUACCGCGUGCGGUGUUGCAUUCGCUGUCCCCGCAACCACCCGGCGCGUUACUGCCGCCGCACUUCGGUCUGCAGGAGUAACAUAAUACGAACUAGCGGGCCCGACAGGCGUUGUCGUACUGGAGUAUUGCGUCUGCAGUACGUGUACGCCGACGAGCGCGGGCUGAUACCGCGCACGGUGUUGCACUCGCUGUCGCCGCAGCCAGCCGGCGCACUGCUCCCACCGCAUUUUGGGCUGCAGGAGUAACAUAAUACGAACUAGCGGGCCUGACUGUCUUAACAACUUAGUAAUACAAACUAGCCCGCCGCUACAGUCGCUGCCCCCGCAAUCGCUUAGCGCGUCGCUGCCGCCGCACUUUGCGCUGCAGGAGUAACCAUGUUUGGCUUGAAUGGACUUGAUUGGAAUACCAAGGUCUCGCUUGAUUGGAAUGACAUGGAGAUACUCUGAGUCCCGGGAAAGGACAUAGGAUAGUUUUUAUCCCGGAGAAAUGUACGGUUCCCGCGCUGUGAAUGAAUUUUGGCGCAAUGAAGUUGCGGGCGUCAUCUAGUUAGAAAUAAUUGCACAAGAGAUACGCGGUCAGUGAUGCAAUGUUUUGUCUUGAAUCUUAUCUAUCUAACAUAUAAUAAUAUCUGUGUUAAAUCACUUGCCAGACAAGGAUAAAACAUUGUAUAGCUUAUUCAAUUUGUAACAAUUUUUAUUCAUACAUACUUGAGUUUAUGUAUUUAUAGUUAUCUAAUUUUAAAGUAAUUUUAAGGCUUCUUUCUCUGAACUUACUUACUCUAACACCGUGAAAAGUGUGGGUGCGUUUAACGCUGAAUUGUUGUAUUUUUAUAUUAUUAUUACAAU